AUGUCGAACUUUGUUCAGGAUUUUGAAGGAGAUGAACAGUUUCCAAGCACUGUCAUCUCACACUCGUCUAGCGAGAGUCCCAAUCCUGUUGAAAAUGGUGGUGAUGCUUCAACUCCUACCACCACAAGUUCAAAGAAGAAAAGAAAUCUUCCAGGGAAUCCAGGCAAAAUUCAGCUAAUUGUCAAGACACCAACUUUCUCCUUUGGCAAUUUCUCAGAUCCAGAUGCAGAGGUUGUUGCAUUAUCUCCAAAGACUCUAAUGGCAACCAACAGGUACAUAUGUGAAGUCUGCCAUAAAGGAUUUCAAAGAGAUCAAAACCUUCAGCUCCAUAGGAGAGGACAUAACUUGCCUUGGAAGCUGAAGCAAAGAACAAAUACACAGGUUAAGAAAAGGGUUUAUGUCUGUCCUGAGCCAAAUUGUGUGCACCAUGAUCCAAGCCGGGCUCUAGGUGACUUGACUGGCAUUAAGAAGCACUUCUGCAGGAAGCAUGGAGAAAAGAAAUGGAAGUGUGAUAAAUGCUCCAAACGAUAUGCUGUUCAAUCAGACUGGAAGGCACAUACAAAGAUCUGUGGCACCCGAGAAUAUCGUUGUGAUUGUGGCACAAUUUUUUCAAGGUAGAGGUCUAUUGCAGUUCCAU